AUGACUUCUACAAAUGAUGGGAAAGACGUGAAAAGUAAUCAAACUAGUGGUACAAAAGGCAAAACCUUUUACAUUGAGCUUUACAAGUCUUUGGAGGCGGGUCUGAGCAAAGACUCUGACCUCGGCGAGCGUACGCAGAAUCUGUGCGACGCGUGGCGACGCAUUCACAGUCUGUGCGCACACUCUGCAGCCUCCACACAUCCACAUCUGCUGAGCUGGCUGCAGAGGCACACUGCGAGGACUAUACUACAGACAGAAUGGCAGGACCCAGAAAAUAAAAAUGAACACAAACGCCUGGAAGAGGCUAUAGACGAUUUCAUUAAAGAGAGUCAAUCCAGUAAAGAUGGGGAUCCACCAUGGAAGACUCAGUUGGUCGCGCGAGGGCACUGGUUUAAGCGUAUAUUGGCCAAUCCCUGGGGACAUCCGGUGCUCAGGGUACUCUUGGAUUCAAAGAGGAAAGAAUCACCGAAGGAUGAAGAAAUAUUAGAAUGGCUGAAGGAAGAGCGCGGCGUUAUGUUCGUCACGCGGUUAAGGCAGCUAGCAUCGUCAAAAGACUGCAAAGACUUAGCGCUAGAGCUCGCCUCCAGCAUUUUGGACAGGGUGCGGGCAUGUUUGGACCCACCCAUAGACGACCAGGCCGAUGAACCUAAAGAAAAGCCAAAGAAUACCGGUGAACUGACGUUCAUGGAUAUUCUAAAGGCUGAAGCGGGAUUCACGGUCGAUGUGCUGGAGUUGCUCACAGAUAUUGAGUUUGUGUUGCUGCACAAACGAGACAAUGUCACGCGGUGUAUUGAGCUGGCAAAGCAAACGCCUCUUCGAAACGGGUACCAAUUAGUGGAGAGGUUGCAGAGCCGGCAGGAGACGUCGCCUCGCGAAAAGAAAUUGUGGAAAAAUGCCAAAGAUGUCGCUACGCUUAUUGCGCAGGUGGUGAUCGCGCGCUGCAUGGUGGUGGGCGUGUGCGCGGGCGUGUCGCGCACGGCGCUGUACUGCUGCGCGCGCUCGCUGGCGCGGCUGCUGGGCGGCGCGCGCCUGGCGCCGCAGGCCGCCGCGCUCGCCGCGCCCGCCGCCACCGCGCGGCACCUGCACACGCUCGCGCUCGCCGUCGACUCGGAGAGUUCAGACGACAUGAAGCCUUUUGUGUGUGAAUUAUACGUGCGUGCAAUUACUGCAGGCAUGAAUGAACUAGAAAGACUGAAACUUAAUGCUGAUAAGGAGUCAGAAGCCCGUUCUUCUGAGCAAACACUAUCCCAGUGGUUCGUCCAACUGGGUGCGGUGUUAGCAGCGAGCGAGCGCAUGCGCUGUGAAUGUACACUCACUGCGUUCUCGGUGCAUCCCUCGCCCGCUAUGUACGAAAAAAUAAAGGCUGCGCCUGCCUUACCGCCUGUCGCGCUGGAUAUAGAACCUAAAGCAGAACAGACCACAUCCGAAUUCGGAAGUUGGGCUAGCGAUAGUCGUUCGCAAACGAACUUCGUGAAGACCUCUCAAACUCUCAAACUUAAACAUACCCAACAGCGGGCUAACGUGCUGUCUAUUGCUAUCCUCAAUGAAGGAGAAGCCUUACAUCUUAGUCCUGAACUGUGUCAGGACAUUGCUGUAUUAUUGUCUGGACCACGAGUUAAGACGCUUUCUUGGGAUAUGAACAGGCAGUUGCUCCUAGAGAAUUGCCGCACGUACAUGGAACGCACGCACUUUGGUACGCGUGCACUCACUACUGAGCUAAAGUACCUCAACCUUGACCUCCGACAGUACCAACACUUGCCCGAGGAGGAAGAAGACGACAGUGAUAUAUACUACGGCAUCGAGAAAGGCUAUGAACAUUUAGUAGAAUUUCAAGAACCCGAAGAGAUUUGGCAAGAUGCCGAUGACUCCGAACGGACUGAAACUGCGAAUACAACAGAUAUAGAAACAGAAAUAGGGGUUACACAAUCCAAAAAGAAAUCAAAGAAAACUUUGAUUACUUCUGAGGAAGACAAAGAUCCGCUUAGCGCCGUAGCAGAAGCUAAACGAGUUCUGAAGAAAAAAGAAAGACCACAUAGUAAAGAGCGGAGUAGAGCACCUAAACUAAAAAUGAAAUUAAAUUUAAAAGAUCCGUUAGAAAUUGAUGAUCACAGUGCUGAGAAAACAGCAGAUCAUAGUACUGAAAAGACGAAAACUGGUGUUGUUAAUAGAAUGAAAGAUCAUAUCAAUGAUAGAACAGAAAGUCAUAGCAAUGAUAGAACAAAAGAUGAUAGCAAUGAUAGAACGAAACAUCAUAUAAAUGAUAACAUUAAAGCCCAUAGCACUGAAAGGCAGAAAAGCAACACCAGAGAUAAUAGUAAUCACAGGAGAAAAGGUCACACACUUGACAAGAAAAAAGAUGGCAAUAGUCAGAUAAAUAAACAUAAGAGUAUGCAGAUAAAUAUAGAGAAGGACCACACUAAGCAAAUAAUCAUAGGUCAAAAUACUCAGCUACAGAAGGACCCAGCUACAGCUGACAAAAAGAAAGAACGGAAAAGGGAGCCUAAGAACAAAGAUAUGAACAAAGUUAAGAAGGAACGAAAGCGGAAAGAACAGGCUGUAAUUCUUGAACAUAGGCCUUCUCCCUUAUCUAGUCUUAUUGGUAUGAAAGUGGCAAAAAUUGGUGAUAGGAAUAAACCUCUCUCGUCAACUGUAACUGACAGUAAUUACGAUAGUCAAGGCAAAUCGUCUAUUAAUGCCUUACUUUCAGAAGGAAAUGAAAGUAAUGUAUUGUUUGAUGGACUGUUUUCUAUGGAUGAAUUAAAGUCUCCUGAGAAAAUCCCGGACAAAACUGAGACAGGUACUGUGAACAGUAGUGUAACUAAUAUGUCAAAUGGACCAGUAAGUGUUAUUGCUGACAAAAAGAAAAUUGACGGCUACAGAGUACCUUCACUUACCCUUAACAGCACUAUUCCGGCUCAGCCAAAAUUAAGAACAGUUAAUGAAGAUGUCAAGAAAAGUAUAACUAAAUUAAUACAGUUUAGACGGCAAAAAGCUGCAACUGAAAGCCUAGAACAAAUAAACCUAAUGUCUCCUCCUAAUUAUCAGACAUACAGUAAUAAAAAUUUAAAACAGCCAUUCCCGCAGCAGACCCCACAGGUACAAUUGAAUGACAUUUCUAAAGUAUAUGUAAGGAAGUCCGAUCCAGAGCAACUCGACGUCAGAAGUGAAGUUAGUAGCAACAUCCUAACUAAUAAGGAAUUUAGAUCUUCACCCAAUAAACCGAGCAACCUGGUACAGACACAACUUCUCCACAACAAUCCUAGUGGAAUGAAAACAAAUUCUACAUUAGAUAAAGAACUUGUGCAGAAACCCAGUACAAGUAAAGAGGUAAAAACUAGUGUGCAAACUACUGAAAUAGCAAAUAAACAUAUUGCAAUUCCAAGUACAGAUCCACCAACACCUGCACAAAGCAAUCAAAACAAUUUUCACGAUUUUUUAAAGGAUUUGCAGACGUCGAUAAACGCAGGUGCCGGUGGUCAAAGUGGCUGUGCUACGCAAUCGAAAAAAGAAGUUAAACAAACGAACAACAUGAGCCCGGUAUUGCCAAAGCCUGAAUCUAAAAUGACUCAAAGUGCCAAACAAACAUUAAAAAAGCCAGCCCUUGCGCUUAAUACAUUCUCACGGCUUAGUUACUAUAAAAACAAUAAAAAUGAAAUAAAAACAAAGGAGUAUGUAGAAUUUGUGACAGAACACCAGGCCCAACAGUUACAAAGAAGGCCACUUUUAGCAGAUUUUGACAGGGUCAUUGCACAACAAAGACAAACUAAAGUGAAGUAUUUGCGGGCUACGGGUGAAGCAGUCAAAACCCAAAAACCUAUUGAAAAUACUCAAAAAAUGAUAAAAAAUAUGUCAUGUAAAUCUCAAGAGCACUUUUUAAUGACUAGUUUACUUCAAAGUAGUCCUAUUUCAAUAAAAACACCGGAUAAGCAAAAUACCCCAGUAAAUAAAGAUAAACCAAGGGCUACAACUCCAGUACCAAACAAAUUAUCUAGUUUGACAGAAAAGGACCAACAAGAUAUAGUGCUUUUACUUAGACAACAGAGUAAACAGAAUUUAACUCGACCGAAGCUUGAAACUUUGCAGGAAGUACAACCUCUGCAAACUAAUACCAGCAGUACACCGCCCACUGGCAAUGCAACUAAUUUACAGAAGGAAAAAGGAUUGGAUUCUAAAUCUAUAAUAAUAAAAAAUCCUAGUGUUGCAAAAUCGAGUGCAUGCAUAAAACCAUCAAAAGAUAAAAGGUCAGUCACUAAGCCUAGUAUAUUAAGAAGUGAACAGUCAGCUAGAAAACAUCUGAAUAAGAAAGAAAAUACAAAAAAAGCUACUGAGAAUAAAAAUAGCCCGGCUAAAAAACAACAGGAGGCAGGCAAGCAGACCGAUUGGGAAAGCGUUAUGGAUGCUCUUCUCAAGCAUAAGACUCCAAGUCGAGGUCCAAACGCUUUGGAUAUGGCAUUGAAUAAAGAAGCUUACCUAAGUGCUUAUGAAGACAGCCUUAAAAAUCAAAGGUCGAGGAAAUCACCAUCUCGUUCUAACACAGAGUCAGUAAAGUCUACAAAUGAAUCACAUACAAACGAUACAAAAGCUCAGACGGAAGCAGUUAUUGACCAGAGUGGUCUUUGUACUAAUUCACUUAGAAAACCGAAUAAAGACAUAAAAGAUAAAAUGUGCAAACAGACAUCUAAGGCUCACAGUUCGUCUUCCAAACUAGACGCGUCAAAGGAAAAUGUAACAACUGCACCAAAAAAGUUACACUCAGAUUUGAGAAAGCAACAAUUUACUUGUCCGUUACCUCAAGAAGAUGAUCCAUUCAUAUCUGGAAACCUUGAUUCCGAUUAUGAUUUGUUGCAUGAAUUAAUAGAUGAUGAUCUAAGACAGGAAAUUGGAGAAUUAUUAUCAGACGAUGAUUGCUACACUACACCUGGUCCAUGUUUGAAAGAUGCUAAGUCAUUUAUGGCAUUAAAUAAAACUAUAACGCCAACUGUACAUGAAACUAACCAGACCAUGGCUACUACGUUAUUAAAUACGAGUUCGACUAAACCUAAUAUAACGACACCUGAACAAAAAUUACCUUGCCAAGAUGUGCCAAAAUCAGCUUUUGAUACAGGGAUAUCAGCUCAACCACCUGGAUACAUAAAUGUGAAAUCUGUGAUUAAUCAUACUGAACAUUCCAAAGUACACACGACCGUUCACAGUAUAAAUAAUGUUCUGGGCAUAACAGCUCAACCACCUUCUGGAUACAUAAAUGUAAAACCUGCUACUAACCAAACUGAACAUCCUAAAGUACAAACAAUACACAGUGUAAAUAAUGUUCAAAGGACAAAUACAAUACAUCAGUUACCAAAGUCGAUUAUCAUGCCGCCAAAGAAAGAACAGAAUUAUAUCAGUACUGUUACAACUGUGGACCCAACAUUUGUAGCUCUGCCCCAGCAAACCAAUCUUCAAAAUGUUGUACUUAUUGGUUCAGAUUUGGUCUACCAACCAUGUGUCCAAGCUCCUUUGCAUACUGGAUUAGCACAAAAUACAUAUGUGACUUUUAAUACUCGGCCAAAUAUAGCCGUAUAUCAAACUACACAGUUUGCUGCACCCCUUGUGAAUCCCUUAAUAAUAGGGAAUGCUUUGACAUCACCUGCAGUACCUUUAGCUGUACCGACCGUUAAAAAAGUACAUUCAAUUUCGAAAAAUGCCCAAGAAGUUAAUCAUCCACCACUGCAUAAAGAUCUGACACAAAAUGAGGUGAAAAAGCCUGGAACUGAGGCUAAAGAACACGCCAGAAAUUCUUUGGAUCAUUUAACACAAGAUCUGAUACAAAAUGGGGUCAAAAAGCUUGGAACUGAUGCGAAAGUAGACGCCAAUAAUUCUUUGGAUCAUUUCACACAAGAUGAUAUUGCUACCAAAGAAAAAAAUGACAUUAAUUCCAAUAAAAAUUGUGAAAGAAAAGUAUUAUCAGAAGUUCAGGAGAAACAAAAGAUAGUUUUUGUAGAAAAAUCAAGUGCUGAUUCGAAGACCAUUAAAACCCAGAAGGUAUCAUCCGACCAUAAUAUCAAGCAAACUGCUGAUCUUGAAAGACUACAUAAAAAGCGAAUGGCCAUUUUAAAUAGGAAUAUUUGUCAUAAAAUUGAUAAAUCGCCAAUUCCUUUGACUUACAUACCGCUGAAACCCAAAAUAUCUGAAGUAGCGAAAAUGCAGGAAAAACAACAUCAUUUAAGAAGUAAAGUUACAGUUGUUAACAACAAAACCAGUGAUAUGACCAUAAAGCUGGAAUCCCUAGUUAAUCCUAAUAUUAAAACUUUUGUGGCACCAGAACAAUUAAAUGUAAAAGAAAAAGACACAAAUGAAAAUUGCAAAGAGAAUAAAAAUAAAGAACGUCGUAUUUUACUACGAUCUUCAAAUAAAGGAAAUUCAAAAAUCGUGGAUCCUUCGAGUCCAAAACCAGUCAUUAAGAAAAAUAAAGUUAGGCUUAAAGUUACUUCUGACAGCGCAGAGUCAAAAGAAAGUAAACCAGAAGAAAAAACAAAUAGUGUAAUAAAAAAGCGAACACCAAAGAGGUUAUUAAAUAAAACUAUUAAGAUGGUUAUGAAAAAAAGAAUAACUAGACAAACUAGAAAAAAUAAAAGUAUCUUAAAUAGCAAUACCGAAGAAAAACUGGAUGCUGUUGUUGUCGUUGCAGACACAAAUAAAACAAAUGACACUAUUGCACCCGUCGAUGGAAACCUCGAAAUUAUGGAUAACAUUUUGGAUAUAGAAGAGCAGAUAAUUGGGUCAAUGAUUUUGAAAAAGGGUUCUGUAGGCGCCGAUCCUAACGCCUUGAACGAAAGCGAUAACUGUAUAGUCGUUAAACCAACGGAAGUAUCAAAUAACAGUCAGCCUGAAGACUCAAAUACUAUUUCAUGUUCAAAUCUAACGUCUCUUGACAAAGUUAUUAAUCCAGAAACUGAAAAGAAUGUACAUGAAGACAGUUCUGCACCAAGUCAUAACGAACAACCUGAAAUAUCUAACAAAGAUACAACUUUUCAAAAGAAGGCGCCAGAAGUAAUUGCCGAUUAUCAUUAUAAUUUAGAUAGAGAAUGUCAUUCGAGGCGCGAUGUUGUCAAAGACGAUUCAGAUUCUCAACAAAAAUUAAAAUACCAAAGCAAAAAAUCUUCAAAUGAAAUUUUGGACAAUAAAGAUAGCGAAACUACAAUAGAAACGAAUGAUAAUGAAAAAUCAACUGAUUUCAAUAAAGAAAGUAUUAACACUAAAGUUAUUGACGAUACAGACAUUCAUGAAACUCCUAAAGUUACUGAAGAAGUGACUAAAGUAUUUACGGAAACUACUGCAAAAUCAAAUGAAAAUACCGAAAGAACAGAAGAGCCUGAUAUCACCAAAGAAAAUAGUAAAACAAUACCUAAGAGUCACGAUGAUGAUGAAGAAGUUAUUUGUCUGGACGAUGAUCCGAAAAGUGAUCAUGAUAAUAUUCCUCAAGAUUUCUUAGAUGCUAUAAAAAUAGAGGAUUUACGCACCCAAGAUCCAAAUGACCCACUAAAACGAUGUGUGCGGAUAAAGUUGCCAAAUGGAAGGGCCUUUAAAGCUACCGUCCGAGGGCAGUCUAAUGUAAACUUUGAAAGUUUAUUUGGUGACCCAGCUCUUAGAAAAGUUCUUCUGAAGAAUAUUUCCAAUAAAAAUAGGUAUACAUUAAAUAUAAAACAGAUCUCAACAGCCACUAAAUCUCAGCCUGACAAAAUAUUGGAGACACGAAUACAGAAAAUUUCUUUACAAACGCCUAAACUUCCUGCCGUUAAUUGUUCAGAAACAAUUAAUUUGCUGAGCGAUGACGAAGAUGAAAGUUUUGAAUAUUUUAAUACUGAAUUUGGCAAGUAUAAAGUACCAACUAUGCAGAAAAAAUUACACGAAAUUCAUCAGAGAAUGUUUGAUAAAAAAUGUGUUGUUAAAUUAAAAAGGGAUUCGUUACCGCAAACUCAUCCUACGACUCCGCAAUUAAAUGAUGAAAACGAACCUGACAUCGAAGUACUCCCGGACCUGCUUACUUUGGAAUGCGUGUCUGCGCCUGCUCCUGCUCCAUCUGUUACAAAAGCUACAAAGGAUUCGUUACCGCAAACUCACCCCACGUCUCCGCAAUUCAAUGAUGAAAAAGAACAUGACAUCGAAGUACUCCCAGACCUGCUUACUUUGGAAUGCGUGCCUGCGCCUGCUCCUGCUCCAUCAGUUACAAAAGCUAAGAGGGAUUCGUUACCGCAAACUCAUCCUACGUCUCCGCAAUUGAAUGACGAAAAAGAACCUGACAUCGAAGGACUUCCGGACCUGCUUACUUCGGAAUGCGUUCCUGCGCCUGCUCCAACUCCAUCUGUUACAAAAGCUACUUACGAAAGUACAAGUAAAGUAAAUACCAUGCAAUAUAAAUCAUUUGAUUCGGAAGUAAUUGAACUUGAUGAUUCAUCUAAUGACGAUCCACACUUUAGAUGCAAAGAUCUCGUUAAAAGCGAUGAUAGUGUAAAAAAGUGUGAAGAGAAAAUAAAAGAAUUAAAAAAUCUACUUUUGCAAGACCUAGGAGUUACUAAAAUAGAUGAAAACUUAACAGAAAUUAGUAGUCCCACUAAAUUGGUCAAUAAAGGGGAGGAUAUAUUAAUAGCAAAUCCCAUUACCGAACUGGAUCAAGACAAUUUCGAGGAGUUAAUUUUACCAGAUACCCUAUCUAAAGAGUAUACAAACAAGUUACCUAAUAGUCCUAAAAGUGAUGACACAACUAUCAUAGACAAGUAUCCUACAUCAUUUUUGCCCCUCGCUAGUAAUAAUUGUUUCGUAAAACUUACUAAAUGUGAUAACUUAGUAGAAAAAUACAACAAUUUAAAGUUACUCAAAGGAUGCUCUAUUAAACUAUUCCGUUGUGACGAAAAACCACCCAUCUCUACUCCUAAAGACCCUAAAUCUGUAAUUGAUGUUGAAAGUGAGCAAUCUUCAACUAAUUUUCUUGAAGAAGUUGAUAUGUUCUCGCAAACGUUAUGUCGUAGUGGAUCAAUUUCAAUUCUCAAUGAUUUUCACUUAUUAGAUCAACCAAUACUCAUUGAAAAUCAUAGCCGAAGCACUUCACCAGUAAUGGUUGCAUAUGACACAAUUGCAGCUGUUUGUAAUAGGAAGAAUGAAGAUAAGUAUAAGAAGUAUGAAAAAUGGACAUGUGAGACAGAAUGGUUCCUAUCUAAAUCUUUAAUUCAUUUGCAAAUUAGAAAGUAUAUUAGUGUCAAUGGGAAUAUCACUUCAAAUACCGUUUGCAAUAGACCGACAGUCCCCAAAGUCGAUGUACCUAACCUGAUCACUAUAUUAACCAAACAUUUUCAAGAUGAAGAUAUCAUAGAUAGGUAUUUAUCAGUAUCUUAUACAAGUUCAGUUAAAAAUCUGAAGAGAAAGUGCGUAGAAAGUUUUCCAAAGGCGUACAGAAUGGCCAAAAAAAGUAGAAACACAAGUACUGAACUAGUCAAUGGAGGUCUAGAACAGCCUUCAAAAUUAACGAAUAAGACUAAGUCUGCAUAUGGAGAUCAAGGAACAGAAACUGAUAUGCCGUCAGCUAAAAAUCAUACGUAUAGUUCGCUGUCUUCGAAGCAUCACAAUACUACAGAAUUACAACUGCAGGUACUCGUAACUGAAGAUUUAGAUCAGCGAAAUAAUAAAAAAGCAAACCAAACAAUCAAAGCUAUUGUUUCUAAUAUGUCUUCAUUUCAAGAUAUAUAUAAUGCGUCAACUGUUGCUAGAAAUAUUUCACCCCUAGAACAUCAGUCUAAAGCUAGUAAAGAAACAUCUGGGGAUGAAACAACUGAAUUGAUGGAAACAAAUACUACUUUUCAAAACAAUAAAACCCCGGUCUCUAAUGUGGCCGUUGAGUGUUAUAACCCAAAUGAUAGCGAAAAGGUAGCAAUUCCUGUAUUAACAGAAACAGAUCACGCAUUCUUCAGAUUUGACCUAAAAGAAAAUGAAAAUACAAGAUCAGAGUUUGAUACCAUUGAGGAUCAUGAGUCAAAUGAUUACAGAAAAGACGCUGAACUUGAAAUACCAUAUAGCAUAAUAUCUAAAAAUAAUAAAAAUAUGGAUCUGUUAAUAGAUCAUAAUAUAGAUACUGAUAUGAGCACUUCAGCACAAUUAAGUAUGAAUAAUGAAAAUCUAGAACAGUCCGAAGUAAUAUCCAUACCUUCGAGUCCCAGAAAUGAUACUAAGGAAAUCGUUAAAGUGAUUAUAGGAAUGUCAACUGGCUUAACUCACUUUAAUGAUGUUGAAAUGGAUAAUGGAACACUUGAUUUGAAACAACACAAUACCAUCAGAUUAGAUUCAAUAGAGGAAAUCGACAACCUCAAGGCUAAUAUGAAUGCACAGUUAAUGGCUGCUGAAUCAUUGUCUAAGAAUAUUUCGGCUAUGAACGAAAGUUCCACAGAGGCACAGAAUGAAAUCAUUGAAGUUGAGAAGUCUGAAAGCCAACAAAAUUCUAGUGUAACAUCUGAAGUACAUAAUGAAAAAUCUGUAAACAAUAUUAAAUGUGAGGGUUUGCAAGACACUAAAUUAUUUAAGCCUCCUGGCAUAUUUGUUAUUUCGGAUAAUGAAAUGACAGAAGAACCUGUAAAUGAAUUUGGAUUAAAAGACCGACUGACUGAUCGACUAGCAAAUAUUUCUAUGCAACAAGAUAGUAAAACUGAAAUAGAAUUUGGAACAGCAAAUGUUGAUAAAGUAGAGAACAUCAGUUCUGCAAUUACCAAGAUACCAGAAACUGAAAUGCAAGGACCUAUAAAUGGAUUUGGAUUAGAAGACCAGGCUCGAUGGCAGGUUCGACCAGCCAAUAUUUCUAUGCAACAAAACAGGAAUACUGAAGUAGAAUUUGCCACAGCAGAUGUUGAUAAUGAAGAGUACAUCAGUUCUGCAAUAACUAAGAAACCAGAAACAAAAGACCAAGAUAUUGAGACUUUGAGUACAGCUAAUGGAAAUGUGAUAUUAAGUCCCCUAAAAAUUACGACACAAAGCACUGUACGUAAUACCGUCAACAAUGAAAAAGAAGAAAAGGACUUUAAAGAUUUUGAGACAAGUGAUGAUGUUUUUAUGAAUACUUCUACUAACAUGCAAAACGUGUUUGAUAGCAGCAUUUUAAAAAGCAGUGAUAUUUCUUAUGAACAACAAACUAAGAUGGUGAAUAUUAUUGACCACACAUACACGUUAGUUGAAAAUAGAAGUGAUGCUCGCACAUUGGAAGUAAACUCGAACAGUGAAAUAACAGAACCGUGCUAUGAAAUUUAUAUUGGCACUAUCAAUAGUGAAAAUAGUAAUGAUAAUUUUUCACAAGAAUUAGUGGAAGAUAUCGUUGACAUGUGCAGUGAUGAAAUACUUGAAGGAGAGCUUGAUCAUAUAGUUUUACAUUCUGCAAGUCAUGAUAACCAAGAUUGUAAAAUAAAAUUAUUCCCUGAAAAAAAUAUUUGCGAUAACCAUAUAAAUGUUCAAUCAAUAAUAAACAAUUCACGUAAAUUACCUGCGAAUGAACAUGUUCCAACAAAUGAUAAAAAAAUAGACAAAGAUUUAGGAGAAAAUAGUCAUCAUUCGUCAAGUGAAAAUAACAUAUCUAUGUUAUGUAUUGAUGACGAAGAAAAAACAUUCAUAGAACAUAGUAAUCAUUAUAUCCGUACUGCGAAUUCAAAUAUUUGCGAAAUCGUUAAUGAGAAACUUGCAAUAGCUUUGGGCAGUAACGAGAGAAAAGACACAAGUAAAAAUCUGGGCAACGAUUUAUGUGAAAAUCUUAACAAAGUGGUUCAGAUUACAAACAGCAAUGAUCAUGUUACGGAAGAGUGUGAUAGUAAUAAAAAGGACUCAUCGAGACAAUGCGAAAUAAGAUUAAAUUCAAGCAUAGAUGAAUCUUGUCCGUUUAUAAAGGGGACUCCAAAUGAUUUAGUUGAAGAUAUUAUUGAAAUAAGAAAUAACGAUGAGCUUGAACAAGAAUUUGCUCGAAUUUGUUUAAGCAAUUCAAACAGUGAUGAUAAUGAUAAGCAAAUAUUAAUUAUCAAUACAGAUAAGUUAGAGUUUGACGAAGUGAAAUUAUGCUGCAUACAGCAGUCUGAGCUGCAAAAAUUAAUAAAAAUUGACAAUUCAGAACUAAAUAAAAUUGAAUACAAAAGUAAUACAUUAAAAUCAAGCAAUACGGUACUUGAUGACGACGAUGACUUUAGCCAAUCGUCUGACGAUAUACUUCAGAUAACACAGGAAAUGGACGAAUGUGGGAACAUCAAAGAUAUAGAUAUUAAAUUAAAUGUUCCUACUGUGACGUACUCUCGAAAAACCACAAAAAGUAGAUCGGACUGUGAAGUUUUAUUCAUUGACAAGAAAAACAAAAAAUGUUUGAAGCGUAAAAGUAACAUGGCAGAUACUAAAACGCCAGAAAGGAAAUAUAGAAAGGGCAAAAAUAUCGAUACUCCUAAACUUACUGCAACUACUAUAGCCGAGACCGCUUAUAGUAAGGAAUUCAAACGAUUAUUUGAUUAUUGUAGCUCGGUAAAAUUUUCCUAUUCUGUGCCGUUUCACAAAGACAAUAUAGAUGUAGAUACUAUAUUGAAGUCAUGGCCUAUCCGAGGAAUCUGUCACGCUCAAAUUGACUCACAAAUGGACGAAAAUUUGUUUACUGACUCAGAUGAAAAUGCAGUACGGCGAGAUCCCCUGAAUCAAACACUGGCAGAAGAAAUAGAAACAAAUUAUAAUGAAACAAAUUCUUCUAGUUGCGACAUGGAAAACAAUUUCCAAAUGGGUUUUGGUGAGGGGUCCGGCAGAGUCAUACAAAAUUCAAGAAAUGAUGGUGGUUUAAAAUUUUCGGCUGCGACUCUGUCGGACGUAAAACACACUCAGCCGCUUUUACGGUCUGAAAAUGACGACAACUGUAAUAUUGUGCAAAAAAAUUAUAAUUUUGAUACAACUAAACAUGAAAUCGAAACACUUCAACGAUACUAUAAAUGUAUUCAAUUAAAGGAUAAGGUCCGAUCGUUUUUUAAGGAAACCAUGGUUGAAUUAAAUAACGAUUGGAUUAAAGACAAUAAAAAGUAUGAUGACGAUUUUUCCUGUGAAAACAACUUCACAUUUCCAUUUGGCCUCAAUCGUCCCGAUUUUAUAAAGCCUCCACCUGUUGAGGUAGUUGUUCAAAUGGUACAAGUUGGACAUUUACCUGUAAGUGCAACAGCACAAAAUCCCGUAACAUGUGAUCCAAGGGUCACCCAAGUAUCAGAUGCAAGUCCAUCGCAAUGUUCUGCCGAAAAUAGUCUCAACGACGACCCUCAGUCAGCUAUUAAGACAGAAUAUACAGAACUAACAACUGCAGACAUAAGGCUCCCUUUACAAGAUUACGUGCAGCAUCAUACCCAAUUACCCACAGAGCCUCAGAACUCUAACGGAAUAAUGCAUCCUGAUUUUAUUAUUGAAGAAAUAAAAGAAGAGAUUAAAGAAGAAAUAGAAGAAGAACCCGAGGUCAAUGACGAAGACAGCGAUAGUUUUCAUACGAUAAUACCUAAUAAUCAUUUAUCGUCCAAUAAUAACUGUAUUAUGGACAAUAUCGAUUACUCUUAUGAAGGUGUAGCACCGCCACAUCCUAUAACACCAACCUUAGUGGAGGCUACUAUGGAAAUUAUUAGUAAUUCGACGGCAAAUCAUCCAAAACCUGGGGCUCAUUUGGAACAGUAUCAACAAAGGCAGUUGCUGCAUAAAACUCAACAAAUCAAGGUUUUACAACAAAACCCACAAGCUCUCCAUCAAGGGAACCACGAAGAUCGGAUCAAUCCGGUCACUCAACAUAAUGACCCAUCGCAAUCAAUGCAACAAAAUACACAGACGCAUCAUUGCCAACAUAUUCAGCAAAUACAGCAUGAACAAGUUUCACAGCAUAUCCAAAAAGACCACAACGAGCAUCAUAACUUUUCAGAAGAGAUUACGCACCAAAGUCAACAAGAACAGAUUUCUCAACAAAAACUACAAUCGCAAAUUAUUCAACCGAAUGAACAAGCGCAGAGCACUCAACAAAAUCAGCAGCCACACAACACUCAUCAAAGUCAGCAAGUGCACAUAGUGCAACAAAAUCAGCAAGUACAGGAUGUCCAUCACAAUCACCAAGAUCAUAUGCAACAAACGCAGAUCGCUCAACGAAAUCAGCAAACUAACAUCACGCACCAAGCACAUGUUUCGCCACAGACUCUACAAGAGCACAUUACGUCACAGAGUCAUCAAGAACAACAUCUGCCACAAAACCAACAGGGAUGCCUAUCGCCACCACUUGCUCAAGUUUCACAACAACAGCAACAAAAUUACCAAAAACACAAUGGUUCACCGGAGAAAACAGAUCAGAUCGCGCAUGCCAUGAACGCAGCCGGCAUAACAACUAGCUCAGAAAACUUAGCCAAUACUAGAGCGCAUGCACUUGUGAAUAUUCUUUCACAAAAAUUACGGCAAGGUACUGUAGCGGGCAAUACAUCAGCAACCACGUAUCCAAAGACUACACAGAUAAAUGCCAUGGCCUUACAACAAGCUUUAGCUCAAAUAUUACCUCCGCCGUUGAAUCAGGCAAACGUUAUCGAGAAUAAUCAACAAAGUUCAUCCAGUGCUCCACAGGUUCUUCAUAUAGUGCAAGGAAAAAAUUCAUCAGGAAACCAAAUAACACUAGUUGACAAUAGCCAACCCUCUGUUAUAAGUACGCCGAAUGCGACACCUGUUUUGCACAUAGUGCAAAAUAAGAGCAAUACUUCCAUACCAACGUCAAAUGCUACUCCAGCUUCUCAAGCAAAUUCUUUUAGUGGACUUUCUUUAGUUGAUACUGGAUUACAACAAGGCAAUCAACUUCUUCAUAUAGUCAACACUGCAAAUCAAAAGAACGCUAGCACCGGACAACUCUUACGAAAAGUGAAUCUACUGACUAAUCUCGCAAACGUCCAAGGGUCCAAUGAACAAAAAAUGGUGCAAUUUGUUUGCAAGUCUGCUGAUGGAAAAUCGAUACAGUUAAACUCACCUCAUCCGCGAGGCAUGGUCUUGAGGUUACAACCUAUAGAGUCGCAAAAUCUUCAAAUGCCGCAAAGUAAAUCGACUGAACCACAAGAAUUGAGUCCGGCUACUAGUACCUCUAAUAAUGUACAAAACAAAGAAACAGGACCUUCUCAACAUGAAAUAAAAUCGCGAUCUGUGUAUGAGGAGAAUUAUGCGAAGUUUAUUCAGUCAUCUAAUAAGACAACAGUUCCAGAGAAAGCAACAAGCUUACCAAAGUUUGGCCAAGCAUUUGGUAAACAAGUUUUUCAAGACGGCACUCAGAAGGCUGAUAUGAGUAAUAGUAAUUCUCAUUUACAAUCAACAUCGGAUAAUCCGGAAUGUCAACCGAACGAUAAUGCCAUUAGCUUGGAUCACAUAAGUCAGAUAAGUAGUCCACCGUUACUGCUACGUAAAUCGCCACAAACUUCACAAGCUCAACCAAAUCUGGUGCAGCAAUUGAAGCAGACAAUUGCCCCUGUAAAUAUGAGCAUGCACGGAGGCGUGAUAUAUACUCGUCAAAUCCCCGUAAAUAUUGGUGGCGGACAAACUAUAAAUUUAAUAACUGUGCCCAGCACUGAACUUAUAGAUGAGUCAGUACCGAAACAUCAAAAUAAUCAAGAGGGAAUAGAGCCAUCUAUAAUAAAAAUCGUACCUCAAACUCCCACAUCUAGCUCUGAAACUUCAGAGGACAAUAAUCCACACAUUGGGUCGUCCAAUGAAAAUAGUCAUACACCUCAAUCUCAACCAGUUCUAACCCAAAUGAGAAUUAAACUGCCUAUGUUAAGUAAGACUCCUCAAAUGGUUGGUGGGACUAGACUGGUGAGACCCUCAUUCUUCCAAAUACAGCGUAAUGUUAUCGGUGGCACUAAUCAGCCCGUUUAUCAACAACUGGUUCUUACAGCAGCUCCUCCACUAGGACAGCAAACUGUCAGACUGCCCCAGACACAAACAAAUAGACAUGUUAAAAUCCCAAGUGAGAACCAAUCUUCAUCAGAGUCUCAGAUGAGCUCAUCUACUCUAGAACAGCUUAGAGAAUUUGAUCUUGUGCUAGAACAAGUUAAAGAAAGGAGUACUGGGACAGGUACGACACAGCCAAACCCAACUCCGUCCUCAAGUAGUUCCUUUUCAAAGCUACCUACUCCAUCAACAGAUACCACGGAUAGUUCAGCAUCAGUUAGUUCGACUCCUGCAGAAACCCAACAGCAAGUCCUCUACUCUGUUGGUAAUACUCAGCCGGUAAAUAUUACUUAUGUAAAUAAAAAGAUUCCAUCUACAACUCCCACGACAUCCACGUUUGUACGGUCACCGGAUUCUUCAGGAAUAGUUGAAUCACCAACAUCGUCAACUCAUCAAAUUCCUCGAACAGUUACCAGCGACUCAUCCACUACUGAUCCACCAACUAGUCAAGCGAACACAUCUCAAAGCUCUCAUACUUCCCGCGCGGUUCAGCAAGCGAAACUUCCUAAACCGAAACCAAAACCCAGACCAAAAGCUGCCUCGAAUCCACCAAAUACUCUGAAACUCCCUCCAGCGCCACCGAAGACAUCAACACAAAAACCUGCGGAAGACGAACAGACUACUCAAAGAAUUCUUUACAUUUUGGCAGAGUACAAAGAACAAGUGGAAAAUUCCCCUGACAAAGAUAAACCAGCUCCACGUCGGAGGGCACACCUAGCAAUGAAUUCUGGGGGUUCAUCAAAACGUAAGAAGAGUUCAAGCGGCUCCCGUCGUUCAGGACCCGAUAUGAGUCCCUGUCAUGGGGAAGAUACGUGCCGAACUAUGGGUUCUGAAGAUAGCAGCUGUGGUACAUCUCAAGGAGAUUGUAAUGAAAGUUGCCUUGACAGUCAUUCUCCUCAAGACAGCCCACGGAAAGUCGUACGCAAACUGACAUUUGAACAAGAAACGACGGCUCCUGUAACUCAGCCUCGACCGCAACCGCAACGGAAUGUUAUCGUAGCAGAUGGACAAACAAUAACUAUGGCUAGAGGUACUGCCGGUAAACCAGCUACAGCCGUCCUAAUGCCGGCUAACUACAUCCUGCCUGUGUCUAUGGUAAAAGGGGGUCAGCAAAUUGCCAUAGUGACAAAUCGUGGUCCAAAAUUGUUAACAGUUGCGGGUGGAGAAGGAGGUGCGACUAACACUUUGUUAUUACAACGAUUAAUAGGGCCGGCUGGUCUGAAGCCAGUAUUGGCACGUCCAGGAAUACGUCAAGUUCGACUGCCAACAUCAGCAUUGCAUAACCUCCAAACAUUUAACCUGGCGACGGCAACAACAGUGCAACCGCCAGACAGUACGGCAUCGCCUGCGCCUGCCCCUACCCCGCCUGAUUUAGUAGAUACUAGGGUGGCAAACUCACCGUGGAGAACAGAGCGUGAUUCUCGCGACUCGAAACCAGAUAGAGGCUCAAGUCCUGAAGGUUCAGAACCAUGGAAUCUUCCACCGCCUGACUACAGCUACGAAGAAACAGUGAGAAGCGAGCAUCUGGAUCGAACUGUACUUGUUGUGCAUAGGAAGGAUGGCUCGGCACACAGACAACACAGAUUGACACACGUAUCAGCAGCUGCUCUGAGACAUAAAUAUGCCAUCUUGGAGCAUGAACUACGUUUGCAGAAAUCAUUAUCCGAAGAAUGCGAGGACUUGGGUGUUGAUUCUCCCUCAGCUUCGGAGUUAUUCCCGGAAGCUGAGUUAUUGUUUGCUGCGUCACCUGCACACGAUCACACGCAAGAUCACUUACACCAUUCUCACACUCCUCAACCCUUACUAAGCCAGAGUGGCAUACCCCAACCGGAUUUAGACGACCAAAUAGCUACUGACCAGUUGAUUCCACGAUCGGAUCACCUCCACGACGACAGAGACCUGGGCUUGGGACUUGAAGACGUUGGCAUAGUGACGGUAAGCGAAGACGGUCUGCAGGCGACGAUACAACUGGACCAGGAGGAGUUUGCACGCUCACAUCCAAAUACAACUUUCCACAGUGAUGAGGGAGAGGUGCAACAAUCAUUCACGCUAAGUGGUAUAAGAAGUCGCCACAUAUCUACAAUAUUGCACUCGAAUCGAUCUCAGGGCACGGUACUCAUGACGGCACCGCAGACCACGGUCAUAUCGCAAGCUACGGCCGAAAGUAGCGGUGUCCACCAUAAUGCUAUUAAAUACGCGGAUAUAGACAACAUGAUUAAUUCUCUACCGGGCACGCACACCAAUAACAUAAAUUUAUCAUCGGUGCUCGUCAAAGACGACGGCUUAUCGAGAUUCGACAGUUUACUAAACGAUUCCCGAGAAUUACAUUUAUCGAACACGGCGUCCGCUAUCGUACAUUCAUCCGCCCACACGACGCAAGUCAUCCGACGCGUUCGCUACGAGGACAGACGGGAGCGGGGGAACCGCUACUCGAUGGACGAGUCGGACGGGCCGAUAGCCGGCGACGACGCUAAAAUGAUCGGGGAGGACUCCUCCCGCGACGCGACCCUCGAGUCGACGGGCGGCGACACCGCCGGCUCCUCCCCCGAGCUGUUCUGGGACUCGCACUCGGCCUCGGGCCGCGCCGAGUUCAGCAGCGACAGCGACAAGUGCUGCAAGAGCCCGUCGGACGACACCUCCACGGACUCGAGCGCGGGCGCGGCCGCGAGCGCGCACAUGCGCCUGGACUCCGUGAUCAAGGAGGCGCGCGGGCUGGCCAGCGACGAGGACGCGCCGCCGCUGCGCACGUACCCCGCGGCGCGCUCGCUGGGCGGCAAGACCGCGCCCAGCGCCGCCGGCCAGCGGCGCCGCGCCUCGGGCCGCGGGCUCGUCAAGCGCGGCACGUGCCUGUGCUGCGUGGGCGACACGCCGCCGCGCGCCAAGAAGCCGCGCCAGCGCCGCCCCGCGCUCGACUUCGCGGCCGCCAACUGA